CCAGUAAAACAGUCAAUCAGUAGGCCGUUUCGUGUGACAAUCAACGAAAUUAUCUGUGAAAUGUGGCAUUUAUAUCAAUAUUAUGAGCAAAAUUAGUUUUGACCGUUACUUGAGCCACGAGGAAGUGAAUCGAUAUUUGGAGGAGUUGGUGCAAAAAUAUGCAAAUAAGAUUGAAAUUUUCUCCAGUGCUGUAUCGUUCGAGGGACGACAAAUUCACACGGUCCGGAUCAGUCCGGAUGUGCAGCGGAGUAAGCGACCCGGAACCGGAUUGGGCUGUGCCCGGUUGAGUAUCCUGAUCGACGCCGGGAUUCAUGCCCGCGAAUGGAUUACGAUUUCGGUGGCACUGUACGUGAUUCAGCAGCUGGUUGAGCGGGAUGCGGUCAGUGCGCGGAUGUUGAGAAAUUUUGACUGGAUCAUUUUGCCGCUGCUGAACCCAGAUGGCUAUGAGUACAGCAGGGAGCAUAACAAAAUGUGGCGCAAAACGCGCCGUCCGCUCGGCGAAAACCGCUGCGUUGGGGUGGACUGCAACCGCAACUUCAACGUGUCCUGGGGCAUCGGAACGGCCCGGUUCUGCUCGCUGCUGUACCGCGGGGAGCGACCCUUUUCCGAGCUGGAAACGCGCAACGUCCGGGACAUUCUGCGCAAGUUGCGGCCCAACUGUCGGUUCUACCUGUCACUGCACUCGUACGCCAAGGCGAUUCUUUACCCCAGGGCUUACUCGAGAACCCUUCCCUACAACUGGAAGCACCAGCACGACGUGGCACAGGCCGGAGCGAACGCCAUCCUGUCGGCGUGUGGCGUCAAGUACCGCACCGGAAGUGCCUUCUCGUUUCUGAAGCUGGCCGUCGGUGGAUCCAGCAUCGAUUACGCGCACGACGUCGAGAAGGUUCCGUACGCGCUCGUCAUGGAGAUCGCCAGCAAGGGAUUCCACGCGCCCGAGCCGAACAUUGCGCGCAUCUGCGAGGAAACCUGGAUCGGCAUCCGGGCGAUGGUGAUGCAGCUGGCCGUCAGUCCGGUGGUUUCGUUUACGCGGAGCAAAACGGCGAUUUAGGGACG